AUGCGGGAGCACUUGCGGGAGCCAUGGACAGAGGCAAAGGUUAUUUUCGAUGGGCGCUUCUCGCUCUCCGGCAUACAAGACAGGAGGCGUCAGCCGACGGUCCAGCAGGAGAUAGAGUCACUGCAAAUGUCCAAAACAUGCAUGGCACUGUAUCCGAUGAAGAGCGUCAAGAGGAUUCUUGACAAGACCUGGAACCGCGAAGUGACGUUUAGGCAGACGUGGCACGGCCCUGAGCGCUUCGACGCCAUCGAAGCCAAGCCAAUAUUCGCAAAGAGCGAUUGCACCAAUGAGCUCAAUGCGAAGCAGCCUCCGGAAGCUCAAACAGGUGCUAGUCGUCAGGCUCAAGAAGAUGGUUGUAUCCAGCACGCAGAUCAAAGCUCAAGGCUUGAUUCCAACGAGGCAGGAUCAGCUGGUCCGACGGUGACUUCCGACAGACACGACUGUGCAGAAGCAUCGGAUGUGGCACAGACAGAGGAUGCCAAGGAAGAACCUCGCAACAGCGAGCCCCGGGAAGGCUGCAUUCUUACAUCACGAGAAGGUUCCAGCCUCCUUAAAGCCAGCUGGGUGAUGCCGGAGUCGAGACAGGCAUUCCAGGGAAACCAGCUUGGCCGAAUUGAGGAACCCGAAGGCUACAAAUCUGCACUGGAUGUGUUUCAUGAACUUUCAGCUCGGCAGCCCGAGAAGAGUGCGAGAAGGCACGCACACAGAUCUGACGCUGCACUUCCUUUGCCAUUGAUUAUGGAACAUCAUCACGUCCACAGACAUCGUCAUCGACAUCACCGCCAGGUCAAGGAGUCGGAAGAGGAGGCGAUGCUGGCGGCGCUGAAGGUGCCGAAAUCUUCUCAGUCAGAGAUGACCCUGCGUUUGCCUCCUCUGAACUCCAAGCACACGGUCGCAAAGCGCAAAGCGAAGGAGCCACGAACAUCUUUGUCUCUUCCUGUUCUACGUCACCGCGAGCCCCACUUCUUUCAAAGGCCUGGAGAUGCUGACAUGAGUUAUCGCCCUCAAGGGGCAAGUACACGUCUACCUCGUCGAAGAGAUUCCUGA